CCUAUGGGAGGGGCAAACCAGUCCAGUGUCUCCGAGUUCCUGCUCCUGUGGCUCUCCAGGCAGCCUGAGGAGCAGCAGCUCCUCUUCAUGCUCUUCCUGAGCAUGUACCUGGCCACGGUCCUGGGAAACCUGCUCAUCAUCCUAGCCAUUACUAUAGACUCCCGCCUGCACAGCCCCAUGUACUUCUUCCUCAGCAACCUGUCCUUUGUGGACCUCUGCUUCUCCUCCAACACUGUCCCCAAGAUGUUGGUCAACCACAUACUUGGAAUUCAGACCAUCUCUUUCCCUGGGUGUCUCACACAGUUAUAUUUUUUUGUUGUGUUCACUGAUAUGGACAAUUUCCUUCUGGCUGUGAUGGCCUAUGACCGCUUUGUUGCUGUAUGCCACCCCUUACACUACACAACAAAGAUGACUCAUCAGCUCUGUGUCCUGCUGGUUGCUGGAUCUUGGAGUAUUGCCAACCUGAAUGGUCUGCUGCAUACGCUGCUGAUGGCUCGACUCUCAUUCUGUGCAGACAACAGGAUCCCCCACUUCUUCUGUGAUUUGUCUCCUCUCCUGAAACUCUCCUGCUCUGACACACACCUCAAUGAGAUGAUGGUUCUCAUUGAGGGGGGUCUGAUCAUGAUGAUCCCAUUGUUUUGCAUCCUUGUUUCCUACAUUUGCAUCACCUCUGCUGUCCUGAGAGUCCCAUCCACAAAAGGAAAGUGGAAAGCCUUCUCCACCUGUGGCUCUCACCUGGCUGUGGUUUCCCUUUUCUAUGGCACCAUCAUUGCUGUGUAUUUCAGCCCAUCAUCCUCCCACUCAGCUAAGUCGGACACAGCAGCGACUGUGAUGUACACGGUGGUAACUCCCAUGCUGAACCCUUUCAUCUACAGCCUCAGGAACAAGGACAUGAAAGGGGCCUUAAGAAAAAUGAUUGUCAGGAAGAGAGGUUCUAUCUCAUGA